GCAAACAUUAAGCCAACUAUAUAAAAAUUAUUUUAUAUAAAUACAAAAAUGCUGAAAUUACCAAUACUAUUAUUUGCCGUUUUCUAUAGCAAAGUUAGCACUCAAGGUGUUACUACUGAACCCCCAUAUCGUCAAGAUUUAGUCGAUGAGGCCAAAGCACUUUUUGUAGAGGGAAUGGAACUGCACCAGGAGCUAUUAAAUCAUCACAAAGUUAGCCAGGCCAGUGCGAUACAAGCUCUGAUAGAUAAGAUGAUGGCAUCCGAAACAUCCUAUGCUGUUCAUGACCCGCCCGGUUAUGGGUAUUGGGAAACGAAAUUGACCACGGACAUGUCCAAUUUGGAAACCGCUAUUCAUUUGUACAAACCUACCACACCAGCGUACUUAUUCUAG